ACAAUGGCUCAGGGCAGGGUCGGUGGGGGCCCCUAAGGUUGGGGUUCAACCUUUUUUGAAAUCUCCUUCUUUCUCUAUCAGUCGUACCACACAAGACAGUAGACACCAACUUUUGAAGGAGCAUCCUUCAAAUUUCAAGCACAUAAUUUGCUGUUUACUCCAAAAAUCCAGAAACAUUAUACAAGGUACUUUAUGAAAUGGAGUCUGAAAGUGGGGUUCCAGAUAAAGAUGAAAAACGAGAUGUUGUUCAGAAAAUUAAUGGGGAAGAAUCAGUUCUGGAUGUAGACAAUGAAAAAGGGAAGAUCGGUAUAAGCAAAGACUUUUCUGUUGGAAAUGAAGUGAGUGAAAAUCUUAAGGAGGAAAAAGAAGUUGAUUCAUAUGGGGCAGAGGUUGAAUUGUCCGAAACCAUUACAAAGUGUAAAGCUUCAAAUGACGGUGGCCUAAAGAACUGUAAAGCAGCCAAGAAUCAAUCCAAUUCACGAGGCUCGAAUGUGCUCGUGCGCAAGGCAAAGCCAAGCUUGACUCAAAGUAUUUCAUUCCCAGCCGGAGGCUGUCACUCUGAUGUUAUGAGAAAGAGCAUUGAUGUGUACCCAGUUAAGCAGGAUGCUCAUAAAAAUGGUGCAAAAGUUGACUCCCAAGUUUCUAAUGGUACAGUCAAUUCAGGUUCGCGUUCCAAUCUAGCCUCAAAGGGUGUGAAAAAUGGAGGCAAGGCAGCCAACCGACGAACGACUAUAGCCUCUAUGCCAAGCAUUACUCAAUCUCUGUCUGUGAAAAAUCAUUCUGCAAAUGACACUGUAAUGAAUAUUGCACCUGAUGCAUUGGUUGAACCGAAUUCAAAAUCCACCCACACUAAAUUGCUUGUUAAGGAUGAAGAAGAUUCUCAUUCUACUACAUUAAAUGCAACUCCUCCGACGCAGCGUAUGGUUAAUGUUACAGCAUUCUCCUUUAGGUUGGAGGAACGUGCUGAAAAGAGGAAAGAGUUUUUUUCGAAGAUAGAGGAGAAAAUACAUGCAAAGGAAGUGGAAAAGACUAACUUGCAAGAAAAAUCGAAGGAAAACCAAGAGGCAGAAAUAAAGCAACUUAGGAAGAGCUUGACAUUUAAAGCUACUCCCAUGCCAAGUUUCUAUAAAGCACCCCCUCCAAAAUUUGAACUGAAGAAGAUACCGACUACACGUCCUAUAUCUCCUAUGCUUGGAAGGAACAAAGGAACUGUCUCCACAGUUAGCAACUCCCUCGAAAAUGGAGGAUCAUGUCUUAGCCCACGAAUCACUAAUGGCAACUCACCAAAGUUGACUCCCAAGGCAAAUGGUGUCAAGGGUAAUGCUGCUGUCAAGAAGUCUGUCAAAAACUCUCAACCCAAGUCGCAUUCUCGAGAAAAGCCAAGCAAAGUACAAGCAAAAAAUGCAGAAGCCGAGGCUCAAGAUGAGAAAACUUGUGCACAGAACUUGGAAGAAAUCUCGAGUCAACCUGUUUGUCACCCUGAACUCGAAGAUGCUAUAGAAAAGAGUCCCGAAAUGAAUUCUUCUAACAAUGGAUCAUCUCUGGCUGCAUCAAUGCCAGAGGCUUUGGCUGGUGAAGUCACAGUUGAAGGUUAAUGGACUUAAAUCGUCUGUAAUUUCUGUUCUUCACAGGAAUUCAAAUAUUAAACCUCCAUUAUUGUAAAUAAUGUGGUUGUAAGUUAUUGUCCAGUUAUAUAUAGUUGUCUACAGUCUUAUACGUUCGUUUGUAUUAUUUCAUAAAACUUCAAGGAGUAUUUGUACAAACAACAUGGCUUUUGGUGUACUGGAGUGGCUGCAUAUAUUGUAUUAAAAAAUUCCAACCUUUUUUCGUUUGUAAUUUUUUGGAUAAUUCACUUUCAAAAAUUGUUCUA